GUUAAAGAUGCCAGAAGUUCUGAAUCCAUCUUUAUUAGAAGGAGCACAUUUGGAAGAGUACUGUUUUCCGGAUUCAAAUGUCUCUUGUUUGAAGGCUUCUUACCACAUGGCAGCGCAAACUGCGAUAUAUUUUCUCCUGCUGUUAGCGACAACUAUUACCAUUCUAGGGAAUUCUGUGGUCAUCAUCUCCAUCGCUCAUUUCAAACAACUUCAUACACCUACAAACAUUUUGGUGAUGUCUCUAGGCCUGGCAGAUCUGAUUGUGGGAGUCAUUGUCAUGCCGUUCAGCAUGAUCAGGUCUGUAGACGGCUGCUGGUACUUUGGUGAGGAAUUCUGCCUUUGGCAUUCUAGUUUUGAUGUUUUCCUCACAACUGCAUCAGUCUUCCACUUGGUUUGUAUCGCUGUAGAUCGAUAUGAAGCCGUGAGCUAUCCACUUCAGUACCCAACAAGAGUAACUAUGCCUGUUGCAUGGUUUAUGGUAACUGUAAGCUGGACUGCAGCUGCAUUGUAUUCGUUUGGUCUCCUCCUUUCAAAAGCAAAUGUGGAAAAUUUAGAUGAAUACAUUGCAUCUACAUAUUGUCUGGGAUAUUGCAACAUUUUGUUCAAUGAACUGUGGUCUGUUUUGGAUACAUGUGUAUGUUUCCUGUUGCCUUGUUCUGUUAUGAUUUGUCUAUAUGCUAAAAUAUUUCUCAUUUCAAAAAAACAUGCAAGAAAAGUUGAUUGUGCAAGGCAGGGCAAAAAUGAUGUAACCAAGUUCUCACAAAAGGUGAAACAUGAAAACAAAGCAGCAAAAACUCUUGGUAUUGUUGUAGGUGCAUUUAAUUUAUGCUGGAUGCCGUUUUACAUUAACUCUAUCCUUGAUCCUUAUAUUAACUUUUCUACCCCUUUGGUACUUUUUGAUAUUUUUGUCUGGUUGGGUUACAUUAAUUCAACUUUAAAUCCCAUCAUAUAUGGCCUUUUCUACCCAUGGUUCAGGAAAACACUGUAUCUCAUGGUUACACUAAAAAUAUUUGCUCCAGAUUCUUCCGACAUAAAAGUGUAUGCAGCUUGAAAGCAAAAAUAUAUUCGAAUUAUGAAUAGUACAGAUGGUAUUCGAAACCCCUAUUAAUGCAAAUACUACUUGAGCACUUUUUAAUCCAUAAAUUGGCCAUGUUGAGGAGUUCUUAAGACAUUAAAGUCUUAAAAACAAUAGUGUUUAUGAGGAAAACAUUGAGAGAGUGGAAAUGUUCUCCACUUAUAUAGUGCCUUUUAACCUUAAUGGUUCUACAAAGCACUUUACACUGUUUCUCACUCACCCAUUCACACACACACACACCAUGCAAGGUCAGCCUGUCAUCGGGAGCAACUUGGGGUUCAGUGCCUUGCCCAAGGACACUUCAGCAAUGCCAAUUAAGUUUUUGAACACCUGGAGUUUAUUAGGUUUUAAUGCACCUAUUAACUAUUAGCAUGGGCCAAACAAAAUAAUA